UGAAAACAUCGCUUUGGAUCGUGUCGUUAAACUUCUAUAAAUGCACAGAAAAACGGCGAAAAUUUUGCUGAUGGUCACAUAUGUGUCAUGAAUAAUAUUUUGGGACGAUGAAGAGAGCAGCAGCUGGUGAUCAGAAACCACCUUUGGCACCAAAACCAAAGGUUCUCCCAGCACCGAAGCAAACAGAGCAUCCACCUGCUUCAAAGCUGUGUGUUUACCAGCCUUCCUCACCGGCUGUUAAAUGCAAAGUUAAGCCUGAUGUGGCACCAAAGCCAUGUCUCUCCAAACUUCCCCCUUCCGCUUUCAAUUCAAAGCACCUCACAUCCAAGGUUGGCCAUCAAGCUGUUUUACAACAAAAGUCUGACAUCACAAAGACCGUUGGUGCUUUAAAUUUCAGAAAUGAAGCGCACACUGGGAACAACAAGCCGGAGUGGGAUUACAUCAUUCCCAUCUGUGUAUGCUCUGACCGAAACUGUGCCGAUUGCUCACCAAAGGAAAACAACCAAAAUGUUCAUCAACAAAGUCCUGAUAAGUAUAAGGCAGGCAAAACCGAAGGACCCAGAAAGAACCCAUCCAAACCUCCGCUGAGAACUCCAGAAGAACAGAAGGAUUUAGUGACACCUACUUCGUCGAAGUGCAUCUCUGAACACAGUUCAUCCAAUAGUAAUCAUUUCCAUCCAACUGAAAAACCUCGGAAAACAUCCCAGAACACAGAGCCACUUAAGGCACAUCAGAGUGGUUCUGAGAUGCAAACGACCAGGAAACACCAAAACAACAUUGUUUCUAGUGUCAAUUCAUCUGUUGAUGGUGAUCCAGAACCUCUAGAAUGUCAGCAAGCACUAAAUAGUGCGCAGUAUUGUCCGUUCCCUACUAAGCCACCUGUGAAAGCACCACCAGCAGCCAUACAGCACAAAACUAAGAAGAAACAAUCCAACAUUGUCCUUCAGGAGUCAACAGGCCUUACCAAAACAGAGCUUACCGUCUUACCUGUUGAUGUAAACAAUCCAGAUCCGUUACGGAGAGAAAGUCCUAAUAACGUGAACAUCAAUGCUGCAAGACGGUAUAGAGAGAACAAAGAUCCUCAGGCCGCAAGGGGUGCUAAAGGUACCCAGGGCACCAGCCAGGGCGCUCCAACACCUGCCCCACACCAGAAGAUCCCUCAGAUGCAACAAAAUAAAACCCAGAAUGUUGGUGUACAGGCAACUGAAAAGAAAGUACAAAAUCUGGAUGCAAUCCCUGAGGUCGUUGAGAUUUCGGUGUCAAGCGGAAAACAUCUGAAGAAGAAGACCCAAAAACCUCGAGCUGAUGGCCGCAGGCACGAUAACAUUGGGGCUACAGAACUUUCAGUAGAUAGACUCCCUAAAAAGAAACCAGCGUCCAAAUCUCCACUGAGAAACGAUGGAAAAAAUGCUGAAGGACAUCCUCCUCUUGCAGUUGAGAAGAAGCAAGCAAGUGAUGUGCCAAACAAGAAGAGACUCAAGCCGAAAUCCAAGUCCUUUUCGUCAGCAGACACCCUUAAACCCGAUGGCCUCAAGAAGACCUCCUUUCUUUGGAUCAUGGACCUUGACCGUGUCAAAAAGGUGCCCAAGGUAUCUGUCAAGAGUGGACAGGCCGACGAUCUCACUCCGGUUAAGAACGAGCAGCCAGUGGACACGGAGGAAAGCCAGCGCAAAAUCUGCUCUCAGAAACCGAUGCCACUGCACAAUGGACAUCCAGAUGCACUGAAACUGAGGCAAGCAGUGAAUGGGAACAUAUUAGGAGUUGAGCAGAAUGUAGAUGAAGAUCUAGACAAUGUUGGUGAAUCUGAACAUGCAUAUGAAGAUAUCACAGAAUACGAAAACCUGCCUCCUUUUAGCACUGCAACGGCACAGAAUGCCAAUAAAUACCAAUACCAGUCUUCAAAAUAUGAGGACGAUGGUAUUUAUGAAGUUCCUGAUGUGUUCCCUGAACACUACGUAGAUGCCAAAGAGCAGCAGUUUCUUGAAAGAAAUGUGUUGAAAGAAGUGCAGGAAGUGGAUGAUACGCAUUCAGAAGAAGAUGAAGGCAGCUCAGAAGACGAGGAUAACACCGUCAAUAAAGAAAAACAGACUGAAGCGAAGAAGACCAAGGUUGCGCACAUUGUUAAUGAGAUCUUGUCUUCUGAGAAAAUAUUUGUGAAAGUUCUGAAGCUCCUCCAUGUAGUAAGUGUUCACUGA